AGCCGUUGUUAGAGAGACGGAUUCGUCACUUCCGAAAGAAUGGCUGCUGUAGCGGGAUUAUUGUUGGAUCGAGGCGCCGGAUUGUAUCGUCGGAAGAGUCUCCUCCUUCUUCUCGCAGGGACUGUCGGCUCUCUGUCGCGGCAGGGUUCAGUGAGAUGCAACGGCUCCAACGCCGUGUACGAUGUGGUGGUCUCGGGCGGUGGCAUGGUGGGAGCCGCCAUGGCUGCUGCUCUGGGGCAUGAUGUUCAUCUCUCUGAUAAAAAAAUACUACUACUAGAAGCUCGUCCUCAAAAAAAGAUUAAGGAUUUAUCAAGAGAUUACAGUAAUAGAGUCAGUGCUAUCACACCCGGAUCUGCCACAUUUCUAAGUAGCUUUGGUGCAUGGGAACAUAUCUGCAAUAUGAGAAUCAAACCUUUUAGGAGGAUGCAGGUGUGGGAUGCUUGCUCUGAGGCCCUGAUCAUGUUUGAGAACGAGAACCUGGAAGACAUGGGUUAUAUCGUAGAGAAUGAUGUUAUCAUGUCAGCUCUAUACAAACAAUUGGAUACAGUUUCAGACCGAGUGGAAGUUCUCUACAGGAGCAGAGCAGUUGGAUAUACCUGGCCCCUUCAACAUCAAUCUUCUGACAUGAGUCCUUGGGUCCAAAUUGAUUUAGCAGAUGGACGCAGAUUUCAAACCAAAUUGCUGAUUGGGGCAGAUGGGCAAAAUUCUUUGAUCCGGAAAGCAGUUGGUAUUCAGAAUAUUCAUUAUCAGUAUGAUCAGUCAGCACUAGUUGCUACUCUUCACUUGUCUGAGCCAACUGAUAACAAUGUGGCAUGGCAGAGAUUUCUUCCAUCAGGACCAAUUGCUCUCCUCCCGCUCUCUGAUACAGCCAGCUCUUUGGUUUGGUCCACAUCACAUGAACAUGCACUUCAACUUCAGAGUAUGGAUGAAGAAAAUUUUGUGGACGCUGUCAACUCUGCUUUUUGGAGCAACGCAAAUCACUCGGACUUCAUUGAUACUGCUGCAUCCAUGUUUCGAUCUGCUGUUUCUUUCUUGAUGCCUUCGGGGACUGCAGCCCGACAGCUGCCCCCAAGCGUUGCAAAAGUCGAUCCUAAGAGCCGAGCUGUAUUCCCUCUUGGAUUGGGACACGCAACAGAAUAUGUCCAAGACCGUGUAGCCCUUAUUGGUGAUGCGGCUCACAGGGUACAUCCUUUAGCUGGCCAAGGUGUAAAUAUGGGCUUUGGUGAUAUUUCAUGCUUGACAAAUUAUCUAAGUGCUGCAGCAUUCAAAGGAAAAGAUCUAGGUUCUUUAAGUCAUCUACUACAAUAUGAAGGAGAACGACAGAGGCACAAUCUUUCUCUUGUGGCAGCAACUGAUUUGUUAAGCAGACUUUACUCUACAAAUAUGGCGCCUUUCGUGCUGCUGAGGACGUGGGGAUUGCAAAUAACCAACGCUGUACCUCCGGUUAAAGAGCAGAUCAUGGCGUUUGCCAGUAAAUGACAACCUUGUGAAUCCAGAGGUACAUGCUCACUCAUGAUAGCUGGAUAUCUAUUUAUAUACUAGAGAGAAUUAAGGAGAUGUAUAAGACUGUUAGGCUAAUUUAUUACCCUGAAGUUGCUGUUUCUUCCAGUGAAUAGAUUAUUUGGCUUUCUCUUAGAAUUCCAAAAACUAUUCAAUAGCACUCAAUUUUUUAAACUAUAAAAAUUAGCCUAGCAAAGGACUACUGCUGGAAAAAGUUUAUGAUCAUAGUAAAGAACAAUUAAAGGUUCAAGUAUUGAACAAAGUACAACCUGCUUCUCAUGAGCUUGUCCUCUUAUUGUCUUGGAGGAAACAACAUUGAAGAGGUAGUUGUUGCUUGCUGAUUAUAACCUUAAGAAGUAGAGUAGCUGAGUGAAUAUCGGUUACAGACUGCCAAAGAACAUUGUUGAAAUAGUUUUAUUAUUAAAACAUUCAAAUGUGUCCUAGCAUUUUGUGUAACAAACAGCUAGGUUUGAGAAUAUCCAUGUAUUACAGCACCACGUUCAAGAAUAUAACUAAAUGAAUAGUGAUAUUCAUACUGUCCUCUGAAUAAAAAUUUCAGAAUAAAAUCUGUGUUUCUGGAAAAAAAAAUCUAAAAUUUAUUUCACAGUUACAUACAGUGCUACAUAUAUAGGCAUAUAUUAGGAAGGAAGUUAAUCCAUUUACAGUUUAGCUUAAUUUUAUCUACUUAGAUAUAAAUUACUUGUUAAGCAACUGUCCCAAUGCUAAUAAUAUUUAUACACCUAAUAUCUGUCUUUGCUUAAAGAAGUAAUUAAUUUAGUCCUCUGUUAGGUGUUUCUUUCAUUAACUCUUCUUCCAAGAAUUAUACAGUUGUACCUUUUUCAACAAGGCCAUUGCAGAUUCUUUUCAGAUAAUUACAUUUGUAAACAAUCUCAAUACAUGAGGAAAAGCAUAGGCACUAAUAUUAAACUAGUAAAGGGAUCAUCAGAGGAAAUAAAGUUUUAGCAUCAGGCCUCAUUCACUGAGACAAAUUCCUGAUUAGUACUCCACAUUUAUUUAAAUAAGUAUCAUUUCAGAGUAAAUGUAUACAGAAUUGACACUUCUGAUAUUGAGUAAGAGCACUUGGUUAAAAAUGUAGGUAUAUCUUAUUACCAUGUUUUAACAUUUAUGCUGAAGAGGGUUUUUUUAAAGAAAAAAAUGUAUACUAUCUAGAAAUAUGUGCAAAAUAUUAAAGUGGCUCACUUAAUACAUA